CUAUCAAAUGCCGUGUGCAUCGAGCUCGGGGUCAAUUCGCCCGUCCGUUGGCAGCACGUUGCUAAGAACAGGGCGCUGGUGGACAGAGCCGAUGGGCUUCUAGCGCCAGUUAAUGGCUCCGAGCGGUACGUUACAGUCGGGUGUGGACACACCACGGCUUUCUGCAAGUUGGCAGGGGUGCAGGGCAGGACGUCGGAGAAGUCAUUGCAGAUGGCUGAUUCAGGCGCGAUUGACGUGCAGAAGUUGCCCCAGAAUGAGCAAUUCAAAGCCAUGAUCGAGAAAGGCAAGGCGUGGGAUGCGGUCCCAAGUAUCAUUGACGAGCUGUUCCCAGGUUUCGCUUCAGUAGCCCAGAAGGCUCUAAACACUCAGAACCACCUCGGCACGGAGGUCGGGGAGCUGGAGACCUGCAUGACGUUGGCGGCGAUUGCUAAUGACCCAGGGAUGCGCCAGCUUGCGGAUUGGAAAGCCAUGGCUAUCGAGAACGUAGUUUCGCUCAACAUACCGAGCGCAAAGUACAGCAAGACAUUGCUUGAGUUUGUUGAGAAUUUCGGCGGUGGCGAUGGCGCUCCUCUCGUGUCGUUCAUGGACUCGGUUGCAAAGCAAUUUGGUUGCAACGCUACGUUGGGGCAAGCUUUCUGGGAAUCGAUUACGAACACAGCUUUCGCAUCGAAAACCAACAUGUAUCCUUUGAUUCGGGUGGCACUUGCAAUUUCAAACAUCACGGGCGACAAGGUUGAGGACGGCGUGGUGCGCUUGCUUGUGAAGAAUGACGUCACGAAGGCUGCUGGCUAG